AUGCUGAAAUAUUCAACAUCAACAUCGACGAGACGAGACGAGCAAGAUGCGUUCGUCGAUGGCACUGAGGGCUCGAAGGACGCCUCUUCCUCCCCUGCCAAAGUCGCCUUUGCCCAUACAGCUACGCGCAAGACGGAGACUGCCGGGCAUGCCUCGCCCUCCACAAGCCCAGGAAAGACUCGACCUGUCGUCGUGACGGUGACUGCGGUAGCGAUGUUCUCUCUCUCGGCGUACGCAGGCUACCUGUACACGACCUACCGCAGGGCGGCUCGGUCCAGCCCGUCGUCCACGGCCGAUCAUGACGUAUCAGACCGGUACCGCACGACGGCAGCAUCCUACGACUCGGACGUCGACAUGGCCGAGCGGAUGAUGUGGAUGGGCAGGAAACGACGGGAGCUGGUGCGUAGGGCGCGAGGAGACGUGCUGGAGGUGAGCGCGGGCACAGGGCGGAACAUACCGUACUACCUGCUGGGCGAGAGGAGGGGAGUAGAUAGGAACGGCCGGGCGAGCGUGCUGGGCUGCAGGAGCGUUACCUUUGUCGACCUGUGGCCGGAGAUGGUGGACAUCGCCAGGUGGAAGUACGAGAAACUGGGCAGUAACAGGGAAAAGCAGAAGGGCAACGUCGACGUCAUCUUCCUGGCCCAGGACGCAAUGGCGCCUGUUGAGCCACCAGGCAGCCGGGACAGCAAAGGGACGAGGACGAAGAAGGAGAAGUUUGACACGGUGGUGCAGACGAUGGGACUGUGUUCGCACCCGGACCCGGUCAAGCUGCUGCGCCAUCUGGGCAGUGUGACGGAGGAGCGCGGCGGGCAGAUACUGCUGCUGGAGCAUGGACGGGGCUACUACGGUUGGGUGAACCGGCUGCUGGACGACCUGGCGCCGGCACACGCCGAUCGACACGGCUGCUGGUGGAAUCGAGAUAUCGGCGAGAUCGUGAGCCAGAGCGGGCUGGAGGUGGUUGAGAGCCGGCGCUACCACCUGGGCACGACCUGGGAGUUCGUCCUGCGCCCAGCCUCGACAGACGCCGGAUCUGCUCCUGCAUCUGAUGCAUCUACUGGGACAUCCGAGUGGUUGAAGCAGUCUCCUGGCCUAUAG